AUGCGUGUGGCUAAGCAGGAGCGCAGUCUAGUUGUAGAGCGAGAUGAAAAGCCACGGAAACAGAGAAAGCGAGCCCUAGUCGCAUGCAACCGAUGCCGGAAGAGAAAAAUCAAGUGCAAUGGUGAUCUCAAUACUGGUCUGGCUUGCUCCAGCUGCCGUAGUGUUGGAGCUACUGAGUGCCAGUACAUACGAGUCAACUCUUUGGCCCCCGAAGACGCUGCUAGAGAAGCAGCGAGACUUUAUGCAAACAAGGGUCAGGGACGGUCAAUUCUCAUGGGCUCCCCUCAAAUGCGGGCUCCAUACCAACGAGAAGAGUACGAACUGGAUAUCCAGUCCAACUUUUCACGGCAACUCGUCGGUAUGGACCACUCCUAUGAUGACCAGGCAACCAACUACCACGGCCAGACAUCGCCAGGGUACAUGCUAUCCAGCACUUCGGGAGCAAUGCUCGACUAUGGCACCGCAUGGGGCAACCGCACCUGGGAUCUUCACGGCAGACCCACCAACGGCGAGUUCUUCGAAGAGCAAAGCAACAUGAACCAAGCUGCAUACGGCUUUGUCCUCCCAGGUCACGGCAUGUCCACCGAAAUGCCCCAGUCAACAGGUGCAAUGACGGCCUACGCAGACGUCGUAGACCGCACCCUCCCAACACCCCCAACCUGCCGAAGCCAGCCCCAGUCAAACAUCAACCUCUCAACCCUCCCAGACGGCCUCUCGGGUAUGACCCUAGCGGCUGAUCCAAAGGGCUGGAACCCGCGCUACGCAACUUCCCCAGACGGCCGCACAGUGGCCAUGUCCACCGUUUCAAGCAACGGUCUCUACAACGUCAGUCCCUCAUCUCGCAUCAAGUCCAACGACUCGGAAGACGGAUCAUCCGACCUCGUCUUCGGAUACAUCCCCAUGUCCACAGCAGAAGAUCCCUCCCCUCUCCCCACAGCCUCAUCCUCAUCUUCCAUGACCUCCUCCGCUGCAAACCCCCCUUACCCAGCCCUGGACACGAUAGAGAACACUCUCGUGGGCGAGUACAACACUGAUGCACGCCUAGGACGCACAUUCUCACGCGAUGCUGGCGUUGGACAGCGUCUGCUCACACUGACAUCAAAUUGUGCACCUGAUGUGUAUGGGUAUGCUGGCAGUGAGCGCCGGAAGUCCAGGGGCGUUGUCGAGGGUGAUUUGCGCUGCUCGGCGCCGACGCUUGUUAAUGGUUUGCCCUACACGCGUGUUCGACAUGCGGACUCGGCGGUUGCUCUACCGUAUGGUUUUUCAGCUGAUGGCUUGUCGGAUUAUGGGCGGUCUGUUGAUAGUCUCCACCGCUCGCCUAUUUCUCCUCUCGGUCAUCAGGGGGCGUAUUGA